AUGCAGGCAUUAGUACGCAGACCAUUCCUCUACUCGAUGAAGCGACAUCGAACCAAUCUUCACCCUAGUCCCAAAACUGGUACAGGUAGUACUCAGGCGCUUGGCAGCGAAGAGAUGUAUGACGAUUGUGGCAGUUACGCAUAUACUGGCUACUGUACCGAAAGCGGAGAUGGCAUGUGUCUUUGGUGUAAGCCAGAGCAGAUAUGGAUUCAGGUCGUGGAGCUGGAAAGUCAUCAGGAACUGCUACGGGAUAAUGAGAUGUGUUGGCAGACGUGUCAGGACAAUGCGCUCGAUCGAUGA